ACCUUUGGCGCUCAGUAAACAUGGCGGCCGUGUGAAGUGGAUAGAGUCCCUCAUUCACUUACGUCUCAUAGUCUGAAUGCAGUUGAAAAACAACUGUAUUUGUUGAUAAAUGUCCUCUAAAAUUGCAGCAAGACACCAUAGAGUGGUAGAAUUUAUAUUUAUGUGGACUUUUUUAGGGAAACAGUGAGUUUUUGCUUUGCCUGUUUCGCUUUUUCGGAUUUCAAAUCUCCGCGUGGUUUGAAACUUUAGAGUAAAAAAUUGUUGAGAUCGACCUCAACUGUUAAUAUAUAUAUUAUGAGAUAUUUAUCAUGUCUAUGAGCAGCGAUGAAGUGAAUUUUCUUGUGUAUAGAUACCUACAAGAAUCAGGAUUUCAACACUCUGCCUUCACCUUUGGAGUUGAAAGCCACAUAGACCAGUCUAGUAUAAAUGGUUCAGUCGUCCCCCCUGGUGCCCUAGUAACAAUUCUCCAAAAGGGAGUGCAAUACGUUGAAGCAGAAGCAACUGUUACUGAGGAUGGUGGACUUUUGGACGAUGGUGAGCUGGACCAGUUAUCGCUGAUAGACGCUGCACUACCGGAUAUCAUAAGUACUAGGCACACCCUUCUCAGCAAUAAAGGAAUCAAACCAGAAACACCCUACAAGAACGACAAUGGAUCAAAUGAGAUCUACAUGCAUAAUAACUCAGUUUCAAAUGCUGAUAGUCUACAGAUUGAUGGCUCAGUCAAUGAUAUUGCCAACCAAAAGGCUUUGGUUUUGAAAGGCCAUCAAUCAGAGGUUUUUGUGUGCUCUUGGAACCCCACACAAGAUAUCCUUGCAUCAGGAUCUGGGGAUGGCACGGCACGGCUCUGGCCAAUGACAGAUUCUGGACUCGGGGUACCUGUGGUACUAGCCCAUAAUAUCAAAGACCAAGAGAAUCACAAAAACAACUCUUAUGAUGUAACCUCUUUAGAAUGGAAUAGUGAAGGUACUUAUUUAGCUACUGGAUGUUAUGAUGGCUGCGCAAGGAUAUGGGACCCAGAAGGUCAAUUGGUGACUACCCUAAGAGAACACAAGGGACCAUUAUUUUCUGUGAAAUGGAAUAAGAAGGGAAACCAUCUUUUAGGAGCCGGGGUAGACAAGGCUUGUAUUAUAUGGGAUGCCAACACAUGGGAUGUGAAGCAGCAGUUUGCAUUUCAUCAAGCUCCCACGUUAGAUGUAGACUGGCAGAACAACAACAGUUUUGCUUCAUGCUCUACCAACAAGCUGAUCCAUGUGUGCAGACUGGGGCUAGACAAGCCUAUUAAAUCAUUUAGGGGGCAUAUGAGUGAAGUGAAUGCAAUAAGAUGGGAUCCGUCGGGCACACUUCUGGCAUCCUGCUCAGAUGACAUGUCUGCAAAGGUUUGGAGUUUAAAGGAAGAUAUGUGUGUUCAUGACUUACAAGGCCAUAAAAAAGAGAUAUACACUAUUACUUGGAGCCCAACUGGGCCUGGCUCAGCCAACCCAUCGGCCCCUCUCUUACUAGCUAGUGCAUCUUACGAUACGACUGUCCGAUUGUGGGACGUUGAGCGAGGCGGCUGUCUGCAGGUCCUCAGUAAACAUCAUGAGCCUGUGUACACCAUAUCCUUCAGCCCUGACGGCAGAUACCUGGCAUCUGGCUCGUUUGAUAAGCGAGUACACAUCUGGUCUACCCAGACUGGCAACUUAGUUCAUUCCUUCCAAGGAAGCGGGGGGAUAUUCGAGGUUCAGUGGAGUCCGCGAGGAGAUAAACUAGCUGCUUGCUUUUCUAAUAAUACACUAUGUGUAAUAGACGUGCGGACGCUAUAACAGCUGUGUGACGUCACACGUGACGUCAUCGAUGCGUGACGCGUCACGCUCGUGUGUCACGUAGUCAGCCACAAGCCGGUGGUACAUGAACCCAAGACGGCAUUAGAACGCAUGCCAAGUGAAGGUGUUACCGCUGGUCAGGUUCUGGAAGAAAAUAAGGCGUUUUACCGAGGCAGAAAUGUUUUGGUUAUAUACCGUUCAAAGACCUAGUUGUUGGUCGUUCUCGCAUGCGACAACCUUCAACUUCUCUGCUGAGGUGGUUGUGUUCCUGUUUCUCCAAAUUUGCCGUCAUCGAACGAAAAGAGUGAUUUCUCGCGAAGUUCGGUACCAUCAGUUCGCCGCGCGCAAGAAUCCUUGCCGCAUUUUAACUUAAGUAAACCUAACUUAAGUAUAUGUGUACAUAUGUAAGUAAGUAGAUCCUAUAUGUCAAAUCUACGCCCUAUUGUGUACACGUCGUCUAUACCAUAUUUGGCUCUACGCCCCAUGUAUGGUGUGCACGUCAUGUAUACCAUAUUUGGCUCUACGCCCCAUGUAAUGUGUACACGUCAUCUAUACCAUAUUUGACUCCAUCCCUCCAUACAUUUUCAUCAGCGGUUAGUGUCACCUUUUCGCAUCGGUACAGCGUGCACAGUCUUCAUCCUUGUACGAAGCAUGACAGCAUGAACCGGAAAUGAGAACGCAGGUCCUAAUAAGUAGUCAUUUACUACCCACAGUUCUCUUUUCACAUUAUUCUAAUAACACGACCCGCUAAAAUUCUUGUACAUGCGCAAUGGUGACCUAACUUGGUGUGUCAAUCAAAAAUGUAAAUUUGCGCAGUCGUUUUAGAUACUUGCGUUGCGCUCUUCUUCAAAAUACUUGCGCACACGUACUGAAAACUACUUAUUACUUUUACGCAAAAUUCUAGGUGCGCGCGAAACAGGCGUUUGACCGCUGAUUUCUGUCUCAUCAUAAAGAGUUUUAUUUGAAUCUUUUUUAUCCGAUGUAGUGAAAUAAUAUUACCUCCGUCAUUAAAAACGACCUCCAACUGAACUGAUAGUUAAGAGUGGACUAUUUCCAAUAAUAAACUCUCUGGCUUUA